CAUUCAUUCAUCACCUCCAAUUUCUUUCUUCAGCUAUUAAAUCAACAUAUAUUUAAUUUUCCUAGUAAGUACUAAAGGAUACAAUGUCUCUCUCUUCACCAUCCUUCGCCGGACAGGCUGUCAAGAUCUCCCCUGAGAUCGCCGCCACCAACAGCAACAGCAACGGAAGAGUCUCGAUGAGGAAGACCGCCGGCAAGCCCAAGCCCAAGCCCGCCUCCUCCGGCAGCCCAUGGUACGGCCCGGACCGAGUUAAGUACUUAGGCCCAUUCUCCGGCGAAGCUCCCAGCUACCUCACCGGCGAGUUCGCCGGCGACUACGGCUGGGACACCGCCGGGCUGUCAGCCGACCCAGAAACCUUCGCCAAGAACAGAGAACUAGAAGUCAUCCACUCCAGGUGGGCCAUGCUCGGCGCCCUCGGCUGUGUUUUCCCUGAACUCUUGGCCCGUAACGGCGUUAAGUUCGGCGAAGCCGUUUGGUUCAAAGCCGGGUCACAGAUAUUCAGUGAAGGAGGAUUGGACUAUUUGGGCAACCCGAGUUUGGUCCACGCACAGUCCAUUUUAGCUAUAUGGGCCACCCAAGUUCUUCUCAUGGGUGCUGUUGAAGGCUACCGUAUUGCCGGCGGGCCACUCGGCGAAGUGGUCGACCCGUUGUACCCGGGUGGGAGUUUCGACCCGUUGGGUCUAGCUGAAGACCCGGAAGCAUUUGCAGAGCUGAAGGUGAAGGAGCUCAAGAAUGGGAGACUCGCAAUGUUUUCCAUGUUCGGAUUCUUCGUUCAAGCCAUUGUUACCGGAAAGGGUCCGUUGGAGAAUUUGGCGGAUCAUCUAUCCGACCCGGUUAACAACAAUGCUUGGUCGUAUGCAACUAACUUUGUUCCCGGAAAGUAAACAGCUUUGUAGUUAGUUUAUGUGUUGGUCCAAUUUGUUUGUUUAAUGUAAAUGGAUAACUGGUUUUUCAACGAUGUCUGUUUCUUUACCUGGUAAUUGCAUUCA